AUGCAAGAGCUACGGAAGAUCUAUCAGAAAGCAGAGACUGCAUGGAAGCGCAGUGGUUCAGGUGAUGCGAGCAUUGAAUCAUACCUCGACUUUUGCAAGGACAGUCCUACUGGUAAACCAUGCAUAGAUAUAUAUUACCUCCGUCAUGUCGACGACUUGGGUGAAUUUGCAGACACCAUACAUGUCCUACAGGAUGAGAUGUCUGAAGGCCUGCCUCAAUCCGCGAGUGUGGGUAAACGACCAAGCAGUCUAGACGACUCAACUCAGUUGCAGCCGGCAGGAUCGAAUGUCAAAACCCGGAAGGUAAGCAGCAAAGAUUUCAGAUUCAGUGCUGUGUCUAAACAAAAAGAGAAUUGUGCUCCUGGAAAUCGGGCUGGCACCGGCAACGAUGCUGUCACCAGCAAGAUGACAGAGUUGUUGCAUCAGACUGAGCUUGAAAAACAGUCCACCGAACUGGCCAUACAGGAAGGAGUCUUGAUGAACACUAUGAUCAAUAUAUUGGACAAAAUGGAGAAGCACAGUCCUGGUAGUAUUGCCAGGCAAAAAUACGAAGAGAUGCUGCAAGACACAGAGAAUGAAAUUGCAGACAUUCGUGCGCGUCGCACACAAGCGUAUGCCGCAGUGGAGACUCCAAAGCUGGUGAAUCACCCGCGACGUGAUUGGCUCGAAUGGACCGGCUAUCAGGUUCGUCAGCUGCAUGAUCCAAAUGUAUAG